AUGACCUCCAGACCAAAUUACUCCAUAAAUGUCCCACCGGUAUCUGAAACGGAGCGACAGCCUCCUGGCUACCGGCCACGGCCUAACCUCUUUGACAAGGUAGCAUUCGGCCCGUACAUCAGCGCCGAUGAUGCAAGACUUGCAUGUCGCGCGUGGUUCGAGCAAGACAGUUGCCUUGGAAAGGCAUGGAAGGACCACGAAUACCGUGUCUUUCCAAUUCAGUUACCUGAUGUGAUACCCCAUGAUCAUGACCCGCGCGUAAUCAACGGGUUGGCGACCAAUGUCUACGAGCACCUGAUGGGCGAUCCAUUGUGUCCCGUUACACGAUGGGAGGAAGAUAACCCGGUUGACCAGACCUGGGAUUUAUCGGAAUUGUUUGAGGAGAUUAGAGAUAAAGUCGCUAUUCGUGACGAGAAUGUUCGCAUUUCGAAGUACUGGACCAAUACUGUCUUGAACGCCGAGUUGAGGAAGAGAGGGUUACCCGUAGCCAAACCGAUGAAGGAAAAGCUGUCAGCAAAAGAUGCAAGGAGAGAAAACCAGGACCGCCUCAUCAACGACGAGCUUGUCAAGUGCUACUCCUUUCAAUCGCACAGUGAUCUGUCGCACUGGGGAAUCAAUCGACCGGAGAAGUACAGGGUACAGCCCGCCACGGACACGGAUAUGACGCCGCUCGACAUAUACACCUUCGCCAUUCACUUGAGUCCAUACAACCCAACCUACUGGCUCAGCCGGGCAUACUGCCAUUACCAGCAAGAAUUUUUUGACCUGGCCAUCGGCGAUGCCUAUCGCGCUCAACUUCUCUGCAAGGUGGUGUCGGACAAUCUUACUAGAAAUGAGCGACCGGGACUCUACUCGCGCAUCUGGCACGCAGUUGAACAACACUUUAUAGCAAUUCCUCAACAUGGCUUUGACUGGAAGUCAGAAAUUAUGAUCUACAUGCGCAAGAACGGCAUCACCAACUUCAUUCCAACGGUUCAGAAUGCGGCCCUUCACAUCACGAGUCUCAGCCUCGCAUCGCUGAAUUGCUGGGAUGACGUCGAGGCACAAUACCGGCUGUUCUGUUCAACAUUCACUUCCUCCGAGUCUGAUCGUGACCAGAGAGUCGUUGAAGAGCGGAGACGACUAACCAAGCCUUCUGCGGAAGAGUGGCAAAAGGAGAAGGGUAAGCAGAACCUUUUCCCCUUUGAAAGGACAUACGGAUCAGUCAAGGGCACCCACAAAUAUCCAUAUGAGGAGGAAAUCGAUCGUUUUGACCCGAAAUUUCGCGAUGUGCUCAAUCGCUGUCUCUUCGAAGCGCCCCCAGAGACCCUGAAACCCCCAACAUGGAACUGCGAGGUCAAAAAAGUGCCCGGCAAAGAAGGCCUAGGAGUUUUCGCCACAGAAGUUAUCAAACCGGGCGAGAUUAUCUAUUGCGAGGAGCCGACCAUCCGGGGUCAUCUGCAUAUGCGAGGACUCAACGGCGAUAAGACACAAAGAUUCAUAGAAGGUCGGCCGGGAUGCCUAACCUGUAAGAAGACGGUUGACGAGACCAUCGAGGCCCAAUAUCAGACAUGGAAUAUACUGGAUGGAACACAUGAGUUUCACUGCAACUGCAUUGUUGGGGAACCAACACGUGGGAACGGGAAGGGAAGCCCCAGGUGGUGCACAGGCAAGUACCCUGCCUACAGGCAGAGUAGAGAGAAGGCGUGUUUGGAGAUUACGCGCGAGCAGUUCCAAUUUGACAGCUGUGGAAAAGACUGGUUGUGGCUGCACGAAGCAAUCAAGCCGACUCUUAAAGUCCACAAAGAGCCGAGAAGAGUUGAACCACCGCCAGGGUCCAAUGAACCGGUAACUUUCAAAGACGAAGAUGUUGAAUAUAUACUUGAAUUAAACGAGGACCAUGGGGCUGUUUUGAGUCUGCUUCUCAAAAACGUCUUCGAGAUCACACUGCACCGACGUCAGCAGGGAACGGACCCGCACUUACUCCCCCACGAGAUCGAUGAACUCCUUGUUCUGGACGGUUGGUCCGAGAACAAUGACUACUGGACCGGCAGCAAUUUCCCGUUCAACAUUACCGCCAACAUCCAAGUGCCAUUCGACAUUCUCUCCCAACUAGGAGUGGAUAUCUUCCGCGACUUCAGCUUCGACACAUGGGUCAUCCAAAUUGUGUUGCGAAAACUACUCACCAACGUGGUACCCUGGGAUGGACAAUCGGGAGGCAGAACCAAAAGCACCCGACCAGUAGGCCCGGAUACGCCUUUGAAAGAACUCGGCGAACAGCAAACGAUGAAACAAAACCAGAAUUCAUUCGCUCAAUGUGACCCGUCUUUCUCCAACCUCUAUCUCUUCCCGGGAUUCAGCAUGUUCAACCACUGCUGUGCCAUCAAGCAGCUUGGUGAUCCCGCAAAGUACAAUGCGGAUUGGGCAUAUGACAAUGUGGUCCCCAGCCGCAUUGUUGUAUGGGCGCAGAAUCUUGUCAAGCCAGGCGAAGAGAUCCGUCUCCGGUACAGAUCUUCCGCAAUCCGGUCAGACGGGCCCGGCGCGAUACAGCUGUUUGGAGGGCCUUGUCAGUGUAAACAGUGCGCAGAUUCCGGAGGCGCUCGAGAUCCCAUACGCUUUAGAGGCGCUGUUGCUGGAGGAAAAGACCCAACAUCGACAAGGAAAAAGCAAGACACGGAAGGACAAACGACGGAAGAACAGACGGCUGAAGGACCAGCAACAGAAGGAGAAGGCACGUUCCGAAGAAGAAAUCGCGAAGGCGACAUAUAUUCUGACAAUGCAGAAAACACAGCAAAUACUGGAUCCAAUACACAAGACGAACAAAAGCUGAGCUCUAUGAAGCGGAAAAUGACCCAAGCCUUCCUUAUGGUUGAGCAUGAGGAGGAAAAUGAAGCAACGAGGAUGUUGAGGGAGGGAAAAGUACGCACAAUCGCUGGAGAGAUUGUGUUUUCUGAAUAUCCUUUAUGA